AUGGCGGCGACUACGACAGCUACUGCUACUUCACUGUACCAGGCUCGUGUCCAUUUCCAGAAUCAGAACAAGGGUUUUGGGUUUCCGGCGAGAAUCCCUAACUCCCUGCAAGUACCCCAAAUCGUUGACGGGAGAAAGAUGAGAAAUGCCACUCUUCUCUCUGCUGCUUCCACCGAUAAAGCCGUUACCACUACUCAGCCUGUUUCCCCUACCUCAUGUGAUGAUAAAGUAAGGAGGCAUACAAUCUCGGUGUUUGUAGGUGAUGAGAGCGGUAUAAUAAACCGUAUAGCUGGAGUGUUUGCUAGAAGAGGUUACAAUAUCGAGUCCCUCGCUGUGGGAUUGAACGAAGACAAGGCUAUGUUUACUAUAGUUGUUCUUGGGACUGACAAAGUCUUGCAACAAGUAGUAGAACAGCUUCACAAACUCGUCAAUGUCAUCAAGGUGGAGGAUCUCUCCAAGGAGUCACAUGUAGAACGUGAGUUAAUGCUCAUCAAACUUAACGCUGAUCCAACCACCCGCUCAGAGAUCAUGUGGUUGGUAGAUAUCUUUAGAGCAAAAAUCGUUGAUACCUCGGAGCACACUCUAACAAUCGAGGUGACUGGAGACCCAGGAAAGAUGGUUGCACUAAAGAAGAACUUAGAGAAGUUUGGAAUAAAAGAAAUUGCGAGAACUGGGAAGAUUGCUCUGAGAAGGGAAAGGAUGGGAGAAACCGCUCCGUUUUGGAGAUUUACAGCAGCAUCGUACCCGCAUCUUAUAAACGGAUCAUCUCACAAUACUGUUGCUGAGAAAACAAAGCUAGCAUUGACUGGAAAUGGCAAUGCAUCACCAGGGGGUGACGUUUAUCCAGUGGAACCCUAUGAUGAUUUCAAACCGGUCCUUGACGCUCACUGGGGAGUGGUCUACGAUGAAGAUUCAAACGGACUCCGUUCACACACGUUAUCUAUACUUGUUACCAACGUCCCCGGAGUUCUCAAUCUAAUAACCGGGGCUAUCUCCAGGAGAGGUUAUAACAUCCAGAGUCUAGCUGUUGGCCAUGCUGAGAAAGAGGGUUUAUCUCGGAUCACUACAGUUAUCCCUGGAACUGAUGAAAAUAUAGACAAAUUGGUUAGGCAGCUUCAGAAGUUGAUUGAUCUUCAUGAGGUCCAAAAUAUAACCCACAUGCCAUUUGCGGAGCGAGAACUGAUGCUCAUCAAAGUAGCUGCUCCUACUGUUGCAAGAAGAGAUGUUCUCGAUAUCGCUCAAGUUUUCCGUGCUAAAGCCAUUGAUGUCUCUGAUCAUACUAUCACUCUUGAGGUUACGGGGGAUACCAGAAAAAUGGCUGCACUACAAACGCAGUUAGAGGUCUAUGGAAUCUGCGAGGUGGCUCGGACAGGAAGAGUGGCAUUGGUAAGAGAAUCUGGAGUGGAUUCAACUUAUCUUCGAGGAUACUCUCUUCCUUUGUAG